GUGUUAGUCUUUUCUGUCAGUCUGAAGAAAGCCACACAGAGUUUCAGAGCUUGGCUUUCCGUUGGUCUCUUUGCACCUCGCUAAGAAGAAAGAGUCUUCGGUUUGCGCUGUGUCGACUUCAGACCACGGGCUCUGCAGACAUGAAGAAACCACAAUUUUCUCUGAACCUUAACUUUGGCUUUUUUGUUUUUUUCCUCCUUUUUGCUGGAAAUUUUCAAACUUGUGAAGCCAUGGACUUGGAUUAUGUGAAUAAUUUUUUUGACGAGUACAACAGCACUGAGGAUAACAAUGAAGACUACGUCAAAGAUAGACCGGUGACUCUGUGUGAGAAGUCUGAUGUGAAUCGUUUCGGUGCCAAGUUCCUCCCCGUGUUCUACUUCUUCAACUUCUUGCUGAGUCUGCUGGGCAACGGCCUGGUUCUGUGCAUCAUCUACAAGUUUGAAAAGCUCAGCACCGUCACCAACAUCUUCCUGUUGAACCUGGUCAUCUCUGACCUGCUGUUCGCAUCCAGCUUGCCUUUCUGGGCCGUCUACCACAGUUCCCAAUGGAUAUUCGGUCCCGUCCUCUGCAAACUAGUGGGCAGCCUGUAUUCGAUCGGCUUCUCCAGCUCCAUCUUGUUCCUCACCCUCAUGACCUUCGAUCGCUACCUGGCCGUGGUCCACGCCAUCACGGCGGCCCAGAGCCGGCGGAGAGUGUACGCCGUUGCCUCGUCUGGAGCCGUCUGGCUCAUCAGCAUCCUGGCAAGCAUCAAAGACAUGGUCCUUUAUGGCAUGAGGGACAGCAAGACGGAUGGCCUUCUGUGCGAGGAGACCGGCUAUGGUCAGAAAACCAUGCUUAAAUGGCAGCUGUUGGGCUACUACCAGCAGUUCGGUGUAUUUUUCCUGCUGCCCCUAAUGAUGGUCUUCUACUGCUACGGACGCAUCACUGUCCGCAUCGUCUCCACACGCAUGAGGGAGAAGUGCAGGGCUGUCAAGCUUAUCUUCGUCAUAAUCUUCACCUUCUUCAUCUGCUGGACGCCCUACAACCUGGUCAUCCUCCUGAAGGCAAUCCGCUUGACCUCGGAGGACAACAGCUGCUCCAACAGCUUGGACUACGCCUUGUACGUCACGCGGAACUUCGCCUACCUGUACUGCUGCAUCAGCCCGAUCUUCUACACCUUUGUUGGGAAGAAGUUCCAGAACCACUUCCUCAGACUUCUGGCCAGGCACGUGCCAUGCUUGAAGAUAACCAUCCUGUCCUCCCAGAGCAGCAGGACCACAUCCUUCAAGAGCCCGAAUACUGACUACUAAAACUGGGGAGACUCUAAAGUUGGGAGGAACUAUCUUUAUCUGCUUUGCUUUGCCAGCAAAGAGUGUUGAAUGCUGAUAUUGAUCAGCAUUGCUUUUUUCACCUACUGGUGCUUGAGAACAUGAACAAAUAUUGCAUAUAAAAAUGAUUGAUUUGUUGCGCAGGGUUGGAAUGUCCACUCUAACUAAGCCUUCAGAGAAGAACAUUGCGACAGACAUUGCUGCCAUUCAGUGCUCUUGCCAUUUAAUGCUCAAAAAAAGAUGUGAGAAGGUUAGAAGGGAAAAGGUAAAGCUGUAUUCUUCUAAAGUUCAUUUGAUUCAAACUUCUAAGAGAAACCUAUCUGUUAUCUAUUUUCUUAAAACCGCAUAUUUUUUUUACAAUGUGUGUGUGUGUUUCGCAAGUGCUACGAAACCUGUGUCAUUUUCAUGUGUGUUUCACAAAUACUGUGAAACUGCUUGAGUGGAAGCUGAGUCAAAAAAAAGGAGCGUAGGAGGAAGUUGGGUAACACAGUGUUAAAUCCUUAUACUUGUGUAUGUUUUAUGUUUUUGUGGUUGCCACAUACUGCCAGAACUGCAGCUUCAGCAUGUUGAGAGUGAUGGUGCAGAAGGACACCGUUGAUCAGCCAUAACAUUAGCACCACAGACAGUGAAAUGUAAAGUGAAAAAGGUUGCUUGUCUAAAGUGGCAUCUGAAAUAUCACAAGAUUUAUUUUAAUCCAGUGUUGCAUUCAUUUAAUAAUUUUUCACCAAGAUCUUGCAGCAGCAUUGAUGAUGGUAGAGUCUGACCACUGCACAAAGCCUCUCUUCUCCAUCCAGCACAUCCCAAAGAUUCUCAGUGAGAUUAAGAUCUGAACUCUGUGGUGAACUCUCUCUCAAUCCAUGUGUGAAAAUGAUGAUCUCAUGCUCCCUGAACCCUGAACUCUUUCACAAUUCCAGCACAAAAAUCCAUUGAUCCAGGAAUAACCUGGUCUAUAUGCAGUAUAUUCAGGUAUUGAGGUCAGCUGACCUCAUUCUUUCAGCACAUACUGUUGCUGAACCUAAACCUGCAGACCAACUGCAGCAUCAAUCAACCCCAUAUUUACUAACUUAAAUCCAGGUGGAGACUUUGUUUUUGGCCAGGCACUGUAUUAGACAGGAAGCGAAGGGUAAGACUUAAAAGAGUUUAGUGAUAAAAGCAUGAAAAAGGGUCAAAUUUACUUGAUAAGAGCCAAUUUAUGAUGGAUAAAUUUGUCUGAUUGAGGCAGAAACAGUAGAACUGCAACAAUUAGUCGACAAAAUCAACUUUUUGAUACAAUCUGAUUGUAAGGGCUGCUCACUCACUUAGUUCACUUAAAUACAGUACAUAGUAUGUUAUAGAAACUUUGGUAUGUUAUGUCAAAUUAGUAAAAGUGGUACAACAUGCACUAGAACAGGAAUUGUGCUCAUAGGAGACAGUAAUUCAGAAAGGUGGUGGAAACAGAUUUAUUGACUUAAAUUGACUUAAAUGUAAAUUUCAGUCAAUAUUUUGGAGGUAUUUGGAGGUUAUUAUCUUAUUUUUAGAGAAUAUUAUCAGGCACUGUGUUAAAGUCUGUCAGAAAGUCAGAAAUGACUGCAUGCACUUUGUGCUAAAUAACAUGCAUUCUGUCAGAAAAAGUAUGUUAGCAGUAAGUUAGAUUAAGUUCAGAGCAUUCACACCUAUAUUUUAUUCUUUUUAAAACUAUUAUUUUUAUAUUCAAGGUGUUUUUGUAGAUUUUCUGCAGAUUUAUUAAGAGUGGUUGUAAACCUGCUUACUGGCACGCCUAAAACCAUUGAACCGCAUCCGCUGGAGACCUUUUUUUCUGUGGUUUAAAGCAAUCGCAUGAGCUGAACUUUAAAAUCUGUUAACCACAGAACUCUGAGGCCUAAUUAACCUACUGACUCCUGCAGUGCUGGAUGUUUCCUUUAGAGAAGCCUAUUUCUGCAGUCAUGUUGACAUCCAGUGGGGGGAAUAAGGUGAAUUAAUGACAAAUUAAAACAGUUUUGCAUCUGUAUUUGCAGCUAGUAAAUAAUAGCUACUUUUGCUCAUUUGUACUUGAGUCCAGAAUUAAUGUGUCUAUACUUCUUUUUAUGUAUUUUUAUAGAACAGGCUAACUCUUUUGUUUUUAUAUACUUUUUGUUACUAAUUCUUUGUCAUUAUCUUUUAAUUCUCAUUGUUAUGUACAAAAAAAGGAUUGGGACACCCACUCACUGUUUCUUCUGAAAAUAAGAGGAUUAAAAUUUGUUGGAGUAACUGUC